GGAUAAUAUUUGAUAGCCGUACUUCGCAGUUCAACCCUUCAUACAGUAAAUACACGGGCCAGGCAUACAAACCGCAUUUCUGCUUCUCUUCUUUAUCAAGAAAGAGAUACCAAAAAGACGACCAAUCAUUCCGUUUCCCACAGCAUGCCGAUUCGGGUAGGAAUCGUUGGGCUUUCUUCGUCCGGAGGCUGGGCUUCAAUCGCCCAUCUUCCUUAUUUACGCGAUUCAACCAAAUAUCAGAUUACGGGCUUGUGCAAUUCGUCCGUCAAGUGCAGCCAAGAUGCCAUCAGCAAAUAUAAGCUCGACUCAGCCCGCCCCUUCGACUCGGUUGAGAAGCUCUGCACCUCGGAUACUGUGGACCUCGUAGUCUGCGCAGUUGCCGUUUUUUCCCACUACGAAAUCGCCAAGCCGGCCAUCGAGGCCGGCAAAGACGUUUAUGUCGAAUGGCCGUUAGGUGUGUCUACUGCGCAGGCGCAUGAGCUCACGCAGCUAGCAAAGGACAAGGGCGUCCGGACCAUAGUCGGAUUACAGGGAGCCGUUUCUCACCUACAGACGACAUUGAAGCGCGUCGUCGACGCAGGCUACAUCGGAAAACCUUUGGUCACGCAGAUUUUCGGCAGCGCCUGUACUGGGGAGACUGGCGUCAAGAUCGACAAACGAUACGGCUAUUUCAAGGAUCGUGAAAUCGAUGGUGUUGAUGGGCAAGUAAUGCUGUCCAUCUAUGUGGGUCAUACUUUCGAACCCCUGGCCAAGCUGCUGGGAGAGCCAGCAUCAGUGUCGGCGCAGCUGCGGACUACAUGGCCUACGGUCGAUGUCCUGGAUGGGGACAAGGUCAUUCAAUCGCAGGUUGAAAAAACGGCAGACGAUUACGCCUCACUUCAGGGAACGACCAAGUCAGGCGUCACAUACACAUAUACAUUCCGCGGUGGCGAUGCGUUUGACGACGGAGAGGGGCUGGUCUGGGACAUCAUAGGCGACAAGGGCCAGCUACGAGUCACGGGAAGCACAAUCAUGUCCAAUAUGGGUGCCGAGGAUUAUAAAGUAAGGCUCAAAGAGUACGCCACCGGACGAAUUGAGGAGGUCUCUCUUGACAGGCCACUAGAUCUGCCACUCACCUCGCAGAAUGUCGGCCGUAUAUAUGAGAACUUUGCAAGUGGAGGAGCACACCCAACUUUUGAUGAUGCCUUGAGGAGGCAUCAGUACCUGGAUGCAGUGUUUGAGUCCGCCUCCAAGGGUGGUGCCCAAAUUACAAUCUAAGUUCUUUGCGGUUGAUUGCCACAAGAGUCCGAGUUAUGUUAGCUCUGCAAUAUAGCUUUGCGAGGGCAAGAAAAGAUAGUAUACAGAGUGUGCGUUUAAGACAUUAGCUAGAUGGACACAUGUCCAACAUCAAGCUUGAUUGAUGGUAAGCCUGUCUUGAUGCCAUGAUGACGAUUCUCAGAUCUCGCUCAACAUUGGCGUGCACAGCGUCCAUGGCCUUCUUCUAACCCUCGACAUGCUCUUGCGAGUAGAUGCCUGGCAUGAAAGUCCACUCGACUCCCGGGGGGCAGGUCAGAGUAUCUUCUGAGAGCUAGAUGAUGCCG